AUGGAUCGCUUCUUUGCCCCCAACACUUCAGAGGCAUUGGCCCACACCCAUUUAACCGAAAAUUGGUUCACCUGGGACCAAGACCAUCCUUCAUUCAACGAGACCCUCGUUGCAGGAUGUGCAUCCUAUCAAGCAUUUACGCGCUACCUCUCAGGUUCUGACCUAUUCAUCGUACCUAGGUCCCCUCGUGAGCUCGAAGGUGUUUUGCGGCGUUACGCGUAUGAUAGCAUACACAAUGCCAUAGCGGUCUCACGGCAAACUCUUCAAAGAGGUGGAUACAGCCGAAUGUGCUCCCUCGCAGAAAAGUCAAUACGCGACGUUCUAAAUACCAAUGACAAUGCAACUGUCUUACUCGAUUUGCAUACGCCUCAA